AUGCGCCUCUCACACCUCACGACCGGCCUGUUGGCCCUCCCCCUCACGAUGGUCUCCGCGACGGCGCUCACGUAUAAACUUGCGGCGAACGAGAAGGCGUGCUUUUUUACGAGCGUGGAGAAGAUGGGUGCGAAGAUUGCUUUUUAUUUUGCUGUUCAAGCCGGAGGAUCUUUCGAUGUCGAUUACGAGGUUGUAGGGCCGAAUGAUAAAAUCAUUAUGGAUGGAGAGAAGGAAAGACAGGGAGAUUUUGUAUUCACAGCUACGGAGACGGGAGAAUACCGUUUCUGCUUCAACAACCAGAUGAGUACUUUUGCAGAGAAAUUUGUGGAUUUCGAGAUCGCUGUCGAGAACGAAGCCCGCGCCUCCAUUCCUGCCAAACAAGGCACCUCACCCGAACAGACAUCUGCUCUCGAAGAGUCAAUCUUCAAGCUCUCCGGCCAACUGUCGACUAUUACACGAAACCAGAAAUAUUUCCGUACCCGUGAGAACCGAAAUUUCAGCACCGUGAGGAGGAGCGAGAAAAGGGUACGUGUGAAGAGGCUGUUUGGUUGGAGUGGACAAGGAAUAGCUUUGAGAGGGUCUGGAUCGCGACAAUUUGACUUCAUGAACUCUUCAAAAUUUACGACCCUCCCACCUCUUCCCUACACCACAUAUCGAAAGAUGACGAACAUAGCUGCGCAAUUAUCGAGGUCUUUACCAAAACCAAAGUACACAGGCGAAGAAGAGGAAAUUCCACAGCAUGCGCAACACCGUGGUCCAAGAAUCGUAGGAGCAGGUACCUUGGACGACUCGCAGAUUGUUUUACGGAAAUCUGGACCACCACCUUACGGACAGCGCGCAGGAUGGCGACCUCGAGCACCAGAAGACUUUGGGGAUGGAGGCGCGUUUCCGGAAAUUCCAGUCGCCCAAUACCCACUUGACAUGGGAAAGAAGAAUGCAGCUUCAAGUACCGCGCUGGCUAUUCAAGUCGAUGGAGAGGGAAAGAUUAAAUAUGAUGCGAUCGCGAGACAGGGCCAUAAUGAUAAAAGGAUCGUUCAUGCUUCGUUCAAAGAUCUGAUACCUUUACGACAACGCGCUGAUGCGGGGGAUAUCAACCUUGACCGGCCAAGCGAGGAGGAAGUUGCUGCAUCGACGGAGAGGACGAAGGAAGCGCUUGCGAAAUUGGUUAAUGGUGCUGUGGCAGCGCAGAAACCAAAGAAUGUGAAUGUUGGGAAUAGAAGCCAGCCGACUUUCGUACGGUACACGCCUGCGAAUCAGAUGGGCGAUAACACGAGGAAGAAUGAUCGGAUUAUGAAGAUUGUGGAGAGGCAGGUUGAUCCUAUGGAACCACCUAAAUUUAAACAUAAGAAGAUCCCAAGAGGACCGCCUAGUCCGCCGCCGCCUGUUAUGCAUUCGCCGCCUAGGAAACUGACUGCUGAGGAUCAGGAGGCUUGGAAGAUACCCCCGCCAGUGUCAAAUUGGAAGAAUCCAAAGGGUUAUACUGUUCCACUGGACAAGAGAUUGGCUGCCGAUGGGAGAGGGUUGCAGGAUGUUACGAUUAACGACAAAUUUGCACAGUUUGCAGAGGCGCUGUUCACAGCUGAUCGCCAUGCGAGAGAGGAAGUUAAAUCGAGAGCGCAAAUGCAGCAGAGAUUAGCGGAGAAGGAGAAGGCGCAGAAGGAAGACCAUCUUCGAAUGUUGGCGCAAAAGGCACGAGAAGACAGAGCAGCAGCUGGAUCUGGAAGACGGAAUUCAAGAACCUCGCGCUCAAGAUCCGGAAGCUACAGCUACUCUGAAUCCGAAUCAGACAGCGGCGAAGAAGCCGAAAUCCGCGAACGAGAAAAGGCGCGCAAAGAACGCCAACGUGAAGAAGAGCGCAAACUCCGACAAUCACGUAUGGGCGCCGAACGACGUGUCCAAAUGAUGGCGCGUGAACAGAACCGUGACAUUUCUGAGAAGGUCGCCCUCGGUCUGGCGAAACCGACGCAAUCCUCCGAAAGCAUGUUUGACUCCCGGCUCUUCAACCGCACCAGCGGCUUUGAUUCGGGAUUCAACGAGGAUCAGGCGUAUGACAAACCGCUGUUCCAAGCGCAUGACGCGAUUAAUAGUAUUUACCGCCCAAGACAGAAUAUGGAUGAUGGGGAUGAUGAGGAGGCGGCCGAGAUGGAGAUGGGGAAGAUUCAGAAGAGUAAUCGGUUUGGGGAAGCGUUGGGGAAGGGGACUUUUAAGGGGAGUGGGGAUGUUGAGGCGAGAGAAGGACCUGUACAGUUUGAAAAGGACACGGGUGAUGUUUUUGCGGUUGAUGAUUUCUUGGCUAAAGUUGGUGAGGGAAGCGGUACUGCUGCUGGUGGAAGUGGGAGUGGUGAGAAGAGGGGGUAUGGGUUGCAAGAUGGUGAGGAGAGGGGGAGUAAGAGGGCUAGGAUUGAUGAGGAUUCUGAUUAG